GAGGCCAUGCAGUGCGUGGAGGAGCUCAGUGCCCAGAGCCUGCUGCCCGUGUUUGUGCGAGUGGGAGUGGAGUCGACGCUGGAGCGAAGUCAGAUCACCAGGGAUCACAUGGGCCAGUUGUUACAUCAGUUGGUGCAGUCAGGAAAGCUGAGCAAGCAGGAUUUCUUCAAGGGCUUUUCCGAGACCUUGGAGAUGGCAGACGACAUGGCCAUAGAUAUACCCCAUAUCUGGUUGUACCUGGCCGAGUUGGUGACCCCCAUGUUAAAAGAAGGAGGAAUCUCUAUGAGAGAACUUAUACAAGAAUUUAGCAAACCCUUGCUUCCUGUGGGAAGAGCUGGAGUCUUGCUUGCUGAAAUCUUGCACCUUCUAUGCAAACAAAUGAGCCAUAAGAAAGUGGGAGCCUUAUGGAGGGAGUCUGGCCUCAGUUGGAAGGACUACUUGCCCGAAGGGGAGGAUGUACAUACCUUUCUCAUGGAACAAAAGUUGGAGUUCACAGAGUCUGACUGUUCCAGUUCCUCAGAAGCACUUUCAGAGAAAGAACUCUCUGCAGAAGAGCUGAACAAGCAGCUGGAAAAACUCAUUGUUGAGGACAAGGCGAAUGAUGAACAAAUCUUUGAUUGGGUAGAGGCUAAUCUAGAUGAAAGCCAGAUGAGUUCACCUACAUUCCUUAGAGCUUUAAUGACAGCAGUUUGUAAAGCAGCUAUUAUAGCGGACUCUUCCAGCUUCCGUGUGGACACUGCUGUUAUCAAACAGAGAGUGCCCAUCUUACUCAAGUACCUAGACUCAGACACAGAGAAGGAACUACAAGCACUUUAUGCACUACAAGCAUCAAUAGUAAAACUUGAUCAACCUCCUAAUCUGUUGCGGAUGUUUUUUGACUGCCUGUACGACGAGGAGGUCAUUUCGGAGGAUGCCUUCUACAAGUGGGAGAGCAGCAAGGACCCGGCCGAGCAGAACGGGAAGGGAGUCGCGCUAAAAUCCGUCACGGCGUUCUUCACGUGGCUGCGGGAGGCCGAAGAGGAGUCCGAGGAUAAUUGAAACUAAAAAUACAGAUUGAAAACAAACCAACAAAAACAAAAGAAACGAUUUAAGUAUUUUUUUAAAAAGUUUCACGUCUUCGCCAAUCACAGUGCAGCAAGGCCAAUUCUCGCGCUGAGCCCCCUUGCCCCACACACGCACCGGUGGGAGAGGCAAAACAGGGAAACACGAGGUGAUCAUGGAGGCAAAAAGGUACUUGAACAAAAAAACCACAGGAGUAAACUUCAAACCUGAGGGCGGGAGCACUAAACCAAAACACGUGUUAUUUAUAGAAAAUAUUUUCUGUUUAAAUCUCUUUCUUUUUAAACAAGGACUCAGACUUAGGAAAACACACGGCGAAACAAAUCCGUUUAGCAAAGAAAAAAAAAAGUUGAAAACUUUUAAUUUAUUAUUUUAAGGACUGCAAAUGCCAGUGUAAUUUUUAAAUUUGCAGUUUCUGUAAACAAAUUGUAUAAUAGAACAAAAGCAGAGAAAUAAAUUUCCCUCCCCUUCAUAUGCACCUCAGUUUUGUUUCAAAGCAUGAGAAGUAGACAAAGCUCUCAAGGGGGUUGGGGUGAGCUAGAUGAGGGCGAGAUCAAUUUAUUUUCGAAUUGUCAUCAGAUUUUUCUGCCUGCCUCUCAGCUUGCUUCCGAAAUUUAAAAUGAAAAUAGUAAUCAAACCAUACAUAACUUUGGAUCGGAAAGAAAUGCGUUUGGGAAAACCUCUGCGGACCAGAGUGCUCCGAAAAUAACUCAUUGAAAACAGUGCUACCCCAGGAAAAAGUACUAGUGAUACUCUCAGAACCUUUAGAGCAACUUUAAGGCUUGUAAAUACAUAGAACAAAUAUUUAAAAAAA